AAAAUGCUGACGGAAUUAGGACAGUGGUGUCUUUGAACUGCACUAUUUUUAGUACGGAGUAUCAUUUUGAGUGAAAACGUCUUCUGCGUUCACAUCUGUAAAGAACGAUUGCAGCUUGACUGAACCCAAGAAGCCUAUUCGUGAUACUGAGCCCCCCCGCUUCCUCACCCUACAUUACGUCAUUGGGACCUGGGCACUUGUCGAUCGCAGCAGAGAAUUUCGAGGAUGCUGCUCCGCAUGAGGCGAAGCAUGCACUGGCAGGACAGACCGGACAGCGUAUUGCCUUCAAAUGGUCUGACUUGCUUUAAUAUCUGUAAAUAAAAGCGACAGAAAGGGGAAAAACACGGGAGGUUAACAGGCCGGACCUCCAUCGGGCAUAAACGUGUCCGGCUGUGUGUCUCGGUGUGCAGCUCAAGGCGAACCAGGACAGGAUCUGAUAAGAAGGUUCUGUCAUCACACACUGUACUAUGCUGGGCUGCUUGCUGCGAGGAGGCUGCAGUCCUCUGGUCUGCCUGUGGGCCCUGCUGCUACCGCUGGUCACCCUCCAUCACUUGAACCAGCAUGGUAGCAGAGGCCACACUGUGACGGACCGGCCCAAGCUGCUGCUCCUGUCCUUCGACGGCUUCCGCUGGGACUAUGUUGACCGAGUCCCUACACCUAACUUCCAAAGCCUCAUGGAUGAGGGGGUGACAGUGGAGCAGGUGGAGAACACUUACAUCACCAAAACCUUCCCCAACCACUACAGCUUAGUGACAGGUCUGUAUGCUGAGACACACGGCAUAGUGGCCAACGAGAUGUACGACCCUGCUCUGAACCGGUCCUUCUCCAUGGAGACGGACAGUAUUUAUGAUUCACGGUGGUGGGAGGAGGCAGUGCCUCUCUGGGUGACCAUCCAGAAAGCUGGAGGGCGGAGCGGGGCGGCAAUGUGGCCUGGGUCUGAUGUGAAGAUCCAUGGCAUGUUCCCCACUCAGUUCCUCCGGUAUAAUGCCUCAGUCUCCUUUGAAGCCAGAGUGGAGCGGAUUAUUGAGUGGUUCUCCGCACCUAGAGAGGAAGCGGUGGAUUUUGGAGUUCUGUACUGGGAGGAGCCUGAUGAGAGCGGGCACAACCUAGGACCUCAGAGUUCCCUCAUGGAUGUGGUCAUCGCCGGAAUUGAUGAGAAGCUUGGCUUCCUCAUUAAUGAGCUAAAGAAGGCUGGGCUGUAUGAGAAAGUCAACCUGAUAGUGACCAGUGACCACGGGAUGACGCAGCUUUUCAUUGAUAAUAUCAUAGAACUGGAUGAGUAUGUUAGCAGAGAUCUGUACACCUGGGUGGAUAAGAGUCCAGUGGUGGGAAUACUGCCCAAAGAAGGGAAGCUUGACGAGGUGUAUAGUAAGCUGGUGGACGCAAACCCAAACAUGUUGGUGUACAAGAAAGAAGAAAUUCCCAAGCACUUCCAUUAUCAGCACAACAUCAGGAUCAUGCCUAUCAUCAUCGAGGCCAAAGAGGGCUGGACCAUCAUGCAGAACAGGACUGGGACCUUCAUGUUGGGAAACCACGGUUAUGACAACACCUUACGUAGCAUGCAGCCUGUGUUCGUGGCGCGUGGGCCAGCCUUUCGCCAGAAUUAUGUGAAGACCUCCAUGCGCUCUGUCGAUCUUUACCCUCUCAUGUGCCACAUCCUGUCCAUCCACCCUCUGCCGAACAACGGCUCCCUCUUAAACGUUCAGGACCUGCUUUCCCUAGAGCCAGCUCCAUUCACACCCAGCAUCCCUCCAAGGGUCAACAGGUACUCCUGUGCCCCCGUCGUGGGCUCUUUCCUCAGUGUGGUGGUGGUGCUUGGCUUUCUGGUUGUCUACAUCAGACAAGUGACGCUCAAACAACUGCCCCCACUAAAACACAGAAGCAGGGAGAUGUCGCAGCCCUUACUGCAAGAGGACUUGUACCUGUAGCUGAAAAAACAGAAAGGAUGGCAGACAUAAAAGAAGAGGAGGUAUUGCUCCCCAAGGUGGUGUGCUCUAUCCAGAAGCAUCCCCUAAAUGCCCCCCUUACACCAGUAAUUACCAUUGUGCUGCUCUUUUAUUAGUUUUUUAGAGAUCAAGAGAAUGUAAUCUAACCUUGUAAUCAUGUCUAGAGGUACAUCUUGUUUGCUCAAGUGUGAGGGAAAUGUGUAGGAUUUGCUUCUGGUGGAGGCUUAAUCAAGAAAAUAAACCUUUACAUAGGCGU